UCUCUGUUUCGAAUCCGAGAAUCUAGCUCGAAGGAUUCGAAUCCCUUUGCUUCAUUUGCCAAAACCGAUCCUUGAUGGGUUUGGAUGAUCUCGACCUUUGACCAGCUUUACUGUUCUAAGUUUUAUCAAAGAUCUUAAAGUGGAGUUACCAAGAUGGCGUAUGAACUAACUGAGCAAAAGAAAGUUGGGUUAGGCCUGAUUGGCUUUGGUUUAUCCUUUUCGUUUCUUGGUAUCAUCUUGUACUUUGACAGAGGUUUGCUCGCUCUUGGAAACUUGUUUUGGUUGAUAGGUGUUGGGCUUUUACUUGGUUGGCAGUCAACUUGGAGACUAUUCACCAACGUUAACAACUUGAAGGGCACAGUCUGUUUCGUGCUUGGACUCUUUCUUAUAUUUGUACGUUGGCCUAUAAUAGGCAUUAUCCUUGAGAUGUAUGGUUGCAUUGUCCUAUUCGGCGGAUUUUGGUCAACGGUAAAGAUGUUCCUUUCCCAGAUUCCUUUUGUUGGGUGGAUGAUUCAGUAUCCUCUCAUGGUUCUUGAGCAACUUGUACGAGGUUCUCGUUGAAAAAGAUACAUAAAUCUCAAUCCCAUCUCUUCAGCCUCUUCAAAAAGCUUCUCUAGAAUUCCAAAACAAUUGUUGCUUUACUUUUUUUGUUUUCUUUUAGAAAUAGAAUCAAAUCCUUUUACGUUCCUUUUUUUUGGGACAUGACAGAGACUUUGCUCUGUUUCACAUUCUAACUUUCUUUCUAUAUAUAUAAAAAAAAAGUAGUUUACUUC